UCCUGUGUGUGGACGUAGUUCCUCACGUCCCUGAUCCUGCUGCCUACAGCCGUGCCUUCCCUACCAUGGUGGACUCUUAUCCUUCUGAAUUUGUAAGCCAAAAUAAAUGCUUUUGUCUAUAAGUUUCUUUUUUGGCAAGGGUAUUUUAUCAUAGCAACGACAUCUACAACUGACAAAGGCAGUCUGCGCUGCUUUAGCCCACUACUGCUUUCUGAAUCCUUGCAUUUCUGAAUCAUUUCGACUGAGAAAUAUGCUCAGAAGAUUGAUGAGACACACUGAAAACUGCAGCAUCUGCAGUCCUCACUGGUCAGUAAAAAGGGUCCAAUUCUUCUCCAUGACAAUUCCUGACCCCGUGAGAACAAACGAUGCUUCAGAAGUUGGAUGGCCUGUGCUGUGAAGUUUUAUUCACUACAUUCACCUGACCUUCUGAGUGACUAAUAUGCUUUCAAGUAUCACAACUUUUCACAGGGACAAUGCUUCCACAACCAUCAGGAUGCAGAAAUGCUCUGUGGGAGUUCACUCAAUCUCGAGAUUUUGAGUCUUCUGGUGGUUUCUGGACAGAACCAAAUGUUAGAGAAGUCCUUUACCGCCUGUGAAAGGUGAAAGGAACAAAUACAACCCAACAGCGUGCUACUGAAGAAAGCAUUCACAGAACAGUGGAGGGUGAACCUUAUUUGGCAGCUCCCAUUGUACGCUCAAUUCAUUGAGCCCUGUUGUGAGGGCUUCAAACAGUGACAUCACCACAGCAGUUGUGAAACAGCCCCCUCACCACUGACUGCCCCACAGCCUUACGGUUCCUGUGCCUUCAGACAGACCAUUUCAGUUUUACAGGUUUUGGAAAAUGACCAUGAAGACUGAAGAAAUUACAUUCUUUACAUAAUACUUGGAGUUAAUGACUGCUUAUGGCAUUUUCUUGAAAAUUAAAUAUGACUUAGAAGCGUCAAAGGUUUAUGAUGUCAUCGGUUUCAACAGAAAGCAAACUCCAGCAGGCUGUCAGCCUGAAGGGAGUUGACCCAGAAACAUGCAUGAUUGUGUUUAAGAACCACUGGGCACAGGUUGUGAAAAUCUUAGAGAAGCAUGACCCCUUGAAGAACACCCAGGCAAAAUAUGGGUCCAUCCCCCCAGAUGAGGCCAGCGCUGUGCAGAACUAUGUAGAACACAUGCUCUUUUUGCUAAUUGAAGAACAAGCCAAGGAUGCUGCAAUGGGGCCAAUCCUGGAAUUUGUGGUCUGUGAGAACAUCAUGGAAAAGCUCUUCCUUUGGAGCUUGAGACGAGAAUUCACUGAUGAAACCAAACUUGAGCAGCUCAAGAUGUAUGAGAUGUUGGUCACUCAGUCCUACCAGCCUCUGCUGCACCACAAGCCCAUCCUGAAGCCCCUGAUGAUGUUGCUGAGCUCCUGUUCAGGGACAGCCACCCCAGCUGUGGAGGGAAAGCUAGUUGUCCUGCUCAACCAGCUCUGCUCCAUCCUUGCCAAGGAUCCAUCCAUCCUGGAGCUCUUCUUCCACACCAGUGAAGACCAAGGGGCUGCCAACUUCCUCAUCUUCUCUCUUCUGAUACCCUUCAUUCAUCGAGAGGGCGCAGUAGGCCAGCAAGCACGGGAUGCUUUGCUAUUUAUCAUGUCUCUCUCUGCUGAGAACAGCAUGGUGGCCAAUCACAUUGUGGAAAAUACCUACUUCUGUCCCGUACUUGCAACGGGACUCAGUGGUCUGUACUCUUCCCUGCCCACGAAGCUGGAAGAGAAGGGUGAGGACUGGCACUGCCUUCUGAAGGACGACUGGCUCCUGCUGCCUGCCCUCGUGCAGUUCAUGAACUCGCUGGAGUUCUGUAACGCAGUUAUCCAGGUGGCUCACCCCUUGAUCCGCACUCAGCUUGUCAGCUACAUUUACAAUGGAUUUUUGGUACCAGUAUUGGCUCCUGCCCUCCAUAAGGUGACAGUAGAGGAGGUCAUGACCACAACUGCAUAUCUGGACCUCUUCCUGCGCAGCAUCUCUGAGCCAGCGCUCCUGGAGAUCUUCCUCCGCUUCAUCCUACUGCACCAGCAUGAAAAUGUCCACAUCCUGGACACCCUCACCAGCCGAAUCAACACCCCUUUUCGGCUUUGUGUGGUGUCCUUGGCGCUGUUCAGAACGCUCAUCGGUUUACACUGUGAAGAUGUGAUGCUACAGCUAGUUUUAAGGUAUCUGGUCCCCUGCAAUCACAUGAUGCUGAGUCAAAGGUGGGCUGUGAAGGAGAGAGACUGUUACUCCGUGUCUGCGGCCAAGCUGCUUGCCUUGACCCCUGUCUGUUGUGCCAGUGGUAUCACUCUGACACUUGGGAACCAAGAAAGGGAUUAUAUUCUCUGGUCCAAGUGUAUGCAUGAUGGCUCAGGACCAGAGGAGCAGCUGCUGCCAGAGACGCCCUGCUCCCCUUCUUCACCUUCCCCUCCUCCCCCACCCACCCCAGCAGCAUGCAUUGUGGAGUAUGGGAAGGCCCUGGACAUCAGCUACCUGCAGUAUCUGUGGGAAGCCCACACCAACAUCCUCCACUGCAUGAGGGACUGCAGGGUGUGGUCAGCCCUCUAUGAUGGGGACUCACCUGACCCUGAGACCUUUCUGCAGAAUCUGUCAGAAGAGAGCCGAGAAAUCUCAGCCCACCCAGAGGCCAGACUCCCACAGCAGCGUGCGAGGACAUCAGGGCAGACAAAGGACAAGAGCCAGUCAGAGCUGGAAUGGGAUGACAGCUACGACACUGGUAUCUCCUCAGGGGCUGAUGUGGGCUCCCCCGGGCCUUAUGACGAUGUGGAGACCCCGGCCCCACCAGCACCUAUUGAUCCCCCCAAACACAUCCAAGAGAUGAAGAAGAACGCCAUCCUCCUGUUCAAGGGGUCCUACAUUGAAGAGUCAGACUUCCAGGAUGACGUGAUGGUAUACAGGCUGUGUGCUGAGAAGGACGCAGAGGACACCAGGGAGCCGCAGGGGGAGACUGCAGACCCACCAGCUGAGGCUCAGCCCAAGCCCCAGCCUGAAGCCCAGAGUCUCCCCAUGAGCAAUGGACCUCUCCUAAGUCCCGAUCCAGAGACAGAGUCACAACCCAGCAGGGAGAGAGCAGAUCUGCAUCAGAACAUGUUCUCAGAAGCCAAGCCAGAGAAUGAGCCUGGUGUAGCCUUAGCAUCAGACUCGGAGUUGACAGCCCCCGAGUUUGAGGCAGAACCCCAGUCAGACUUGCUGAUUGCCAGUGCAGAGGGUGAAGAUUUCAUCGCACAGUACGACCAAAUCAUUCAAGAACUGGACUCUGGCACUGAGGGCUUGACAGAGCAGAGCAUCCCCGACUCUGAGCCCUUGCUUCUCACACACCAGGAUGAAAGGAGGGAAGAGUGUAAAGCUGAGGAGGAGGAGGAGGAGGAGGAGGAGGAUGACUUCGACUCUCUCAUGGUGGACACGCCUGCUGUGGAGGCCGGGCCUUCCCCAUUUGGUGUGGGAGAGGACACUGCCUGUACCAGCCCCUAUCCCGUGAGGACUCAGAGCACCCCGUUCACAGGUCCAUUCAUCAGUGUGGUUCUGUCAAAGCUGGAGAACAUGCUGGAGAACUCUCUGCAUGUCAACUUGCUUCUUAUUGGCAUCAUCACCCAGCUGGCCAGCUACCCGCAGCCGCUCCUGCGCUCCUUCCUCCUCAACACCAACAUGGUCUUCCAGCCCAGCGUCCGCUCUCUCUACCAGGUCCUUGCAUCUGUGAAAAACAAGAUCGAGCAGUUUGCUUCUGUGGAGAGAGACUUCCCGGGCCUACUCAUCCAAGCUCAGCAGUACCUGCUCUUCCGGGUGGACAUGGCUGACAUGACCCCUGCAGCACUCACCAAAGAUCCCAUUCAGGAGAUCUCCAGGCCAGAGAGUGACAAGACCCUUUUGGAUGGCCCUCCACGUGUGCUUCAGCCCUUCCUGGGCAACAGAGCCAAAGUGACCAGGGCACCCCCAAACCUGCCUCUGCCGGUGAAGAACACCAUGCUGGCUGCUGCUCUCUUCCCAGAGUUCCUGAAGGAGCUGGCAGCCUUGGCCCAAGAACACUCCAUUCUGUGUUACAAGAUCCUGGGGGACUUUGAAGACUCUUGCUGUUAGCCUUUUAUACUAUUUUCAUAGAGAUUUGGUUUUAUAAGGUUAUAGUGUCCUGACUGAAUGUUAAAUGCAAAGCUGCUUAUCAAAAACAUCUUUGAUAUUUCCUGACAAUACUUGAUUUAGAGGGAGGGGUUUUGGUGCACCUUCUCUCUCUCCCCUUGUUAUAUGGAAUGUAAGCCUUGUGAGCUGGCUGUCUCCUUGGCAGGUCCUUUCUGCUGUUUUUCCUCUUCAAAUGGUUUGUAGUUGUUCUCCCAUGCCUAGGAGUGGAGGAAGACAUUCAGCUUGUAGCUCGGACGCCAUGGAGCACACAGUGAGGCUCUGUGAUCUCUGGCUACCAGGGGGUCAGCUCCUCAGCAGUCUCGAGGAGACUCCUCUGCAGCACGCACAUGCCUGGCAACCUCUGCGCUGGCAUGCAGUGUAAGAACGUGGAGCUCCCCCUGCCACACAGGACACAUCAUUGGCCGCUCAGAAUUUUACUCCUAGGACUAGCAAUCUCUCCACACGUAUUGCCUUAUGUUGUGGGAAAGUCCCCAAGCCCCAGCUGUCUGCCCAAAAAUUCACACAGAGAGAAUCUGGAAUGCAGGAUUUUUUUUUUCUUGUGGCUUGAGAGCUGUUCUAAUCACUGGAGCACAACCAAAACACAAGACAGCCUUAAUUCAGUACAAAAGGAAGCAUACCUAUGCAAACUUUGGAUCUUAGGUAUUUGAUCAGAUGAAAAAAGUGUGGUGUCAUAUACUUGUUAAAAAAAUUACUGUUUAAGUGUUUUAUGAAAACAAAUGUUAACUUGUGAUGCACAGAGGAUUUUUUUUUUUUUGGUGGGGGGUGCAGAUCUUGGAAUGGAUGCAAAAGAUAAAACUAUGCUAACUGUAACUGGAGAAACUCUGGUUUUAUUUUACUAAUAUGCUGUACUUGUAGAGAAAUGAGCACUGUACAUCCCAUGUCAGCUAGGACAGAGAUGCAUACAGGUCACAGGGAACUUGUGAAGCCAGGUGCCUGCUGGUGUCUCCCUCCUCACGGCCAUGGUGCAUGCCAAGUAUCCAGCAGUAGAGGAUGCCCCAGUUGGGAUGUACUGGCAUCUCUGGCUGCUUGCCAGCCUGUUCCCAACAGCAUGGUUAUACUUCAGUCAUAGCUUUAUAAAAUAACUACCAAACAGGGAGGAAAGACACACACACACACACACACACACACACACACAGACCACAACUUGUAUUUAUGAAUAUUACAGUCACCUUAUGUUCUGAACCUGGCUCUGAAGUGAGGUGGCGGAGUCUCCCUGGUGGAGGGAUGCAAUGCCUAGCUCUCUCUGUUCUUUGUGGGCAUCUGUGCUGAGCCCCAAGGGUGAGGCCAGUCCCAUUGGUUGUGUCUUCGGAACCCUAGUUUGUGACAGUCAGGUCCCUGGUACAAGAGAGUGAUGGAGGAAAGAAUCAGCUCUGAGGCACUGCAGGCCUUCGCAAGAUCUUGAAGUAGUUUUAGAUUGAGAAAGCUGGAGAGCUAGCCCAUGAGCGAAUGCCCAAGUAGAUCUGGCCUAGGCCAGGUGACAGUGUAUUAUAGCCUAAACGAGAAACCCCCUUACCUGUUCAUGGAAUAUUGCUGACUUUACAUGUAUUUAGAAAACCAGUUUGCCCAGCCAUGGUGCAUCAGCCAGCACGUGGAAGGCACAGUAAAUUGGCCUGUUCUUGCCUUCCUGAUGCAUG